AUGUUCUCAAGGCGGGCCGUCCAGGCCCUGCGCUGCAAUGCCUUCUCCGCCGCCCAGCCGUCGAUCGCCGCGCGCACAUACGCGACGACCGUCUCCUCGGACAUCUUCAAGCCAACCAAGUUCGGUGGCAAGUACACAGUCACCCUGAUUCCAGGUGACGGUAUUGGUGCGGAAGUGUCAGAGUCGGUCAAGACCAUCUUCAAGGCAGACAACGUACCCGUGGAAUGGGAGCAGGUCGAUGUCUCUGGCAUGGAGGACGGCAACAAGCACUCUGAGGAGCUUUUCCGCGAAUCGCUGGCAUCCCUCAAGCGCAACAAGCUCGGUCUGAAGGGCAUCCUGCACACACCAGUAACACGAUCCGGCCACCAGUCCUUCAACGUCGCUCUCCGUCAAGAACUCGACAUCUACGCCUCGAUCGUGCUCAUCAAGAACAUCCCUGGCUACGAAACCCGUCACAAGAACGUCGACCUCUGCAUCAUCCGUGAGAACACCGAGGGAGAGUACUCCGGCCUCGAGCACCAAUCUGUCAACGGCGUCGUCGAGUCGCUCAAGAUCAUUACCCGCGCCAAGUCCGAGCGUAUCGCCAAGUUCGCUUUCUCCUUCGCGCUUGCCAACAACCGCCGCAAGGUUACCUGCAUCCACAAGGCCAACAUCAUGAAGCUGGCCGAUGGCCUCUUCCGCAACACUGUCCGUAAGGUCGGCGAGGAGUACCCAACGAUCGAGACCAACGACAUGAUCGUCGACAACGCAUCCAUGCAGUGUGUCUCCCGCCCACAGCAAUUCGACGUCAUGGUCAUGCCCAACCUGUACGGAGGCAUCCUCUCCAACAUCGGCGCCGGCCUUGUUGGUGGCCCCGGUAUUGUUCCAGGCUGCAACAUGGGCCGUGAAGUCGCCGUUUUCGAACCAGGAUGCCGUCACGUCGGUCUCGAUAUCCAGGGCAAAGAUCAAGCCAACCCAACUGCGCUUAUUCUCUCUGGCAGCAUGAUGUUGAGGCAUCUUGGACUCGACGACCACGCGAACAGGAUCAGCAAGGCUGUUUAUGAUGUGAUUGCAGAGGGCAAGACGAGGACGAGGGAUAUGGGUGGCAGCUCCACUACACAUGAGUUUACGAGGGCUGUGCUUGAUCACAUGGAGGCAUCGGGAUAG